AUGACUCGUCCCAGCAGCUCCACAAGCAGUGCGCACCCGAGCGACCAACGACUCUGUCAGAGCUCGUACGGCACUGCCCCGUCCAGUCACGUGGCAAUGGAGACCGUCCACGACGCGUUUGGUAGCGGCGACCGCGAAAAGUCGCGCCUGCUGCAUCAACUCAAGACGCAACGGGGCAAAACAGGCCAUGCGGGUGGACACGACGAGGGGUCCCUCGGCACGAGUGGUCACAGCCACUUGGCGCACGCCCAGGAGAACCACGUGACGGGCGGCGAAUACAUUAAAAGUGCCGUCUACGGCGGACUGGACGGUAUCAUUACGACAUUUGCGACCGUCACGUCCGUGGCCGGCUCGGGACUGCCGCACGCCGUGAUUUUGAUCAUUGGGCUCGCGCACUUGGUGGCCGAUGGACUGAGCAUGGGACUUGGGGACAUGCUGAGCAGUCAAGCGGAAGCGGACUUGGCCACGCACGAGCGGUCGCGAGAAGUGUGGGAGUUUGACAACUACCCGGAAGGCGAGAUCGACGAGAUGAUUGAGGUCUAUGAGAAGAAAGGCGUGUCGACGCAAGACGCUCGUCUGGUGGUGCAAACGCUCGCCAAGUACAAAGAGGCGUUCAUUGACAUUAUGAUGGUCGAAGAGCUCAACCUCAUGCCCGUGGACGCCAAGGACUCGCCACUGACGGGCGGCGUGAUCACGUUUCUCUCGUUCAUGCUCUUUGGCAUUAUCCCGCUGCUGUCGUACUUGGUCAACUUGGUGCCGGGCAUCAACAUGGGCCCCACCACGACGUUGUACCUCUCGUGCGUCCUCACGGUCGUCACGCUGUUUGCUUUGGGUGCAGUCAAGGGCCGAUUUGUCGGCCAAGAGAUGUGGAGAGCAGGGGGGUCCAUGGCGAUCAACGGCACCAUUGCUGCUGCCUGUGGAUGGCUCAUUGGCUACUUGCUGCAGCUCACAGGCAUCCAGAACGUUGGCUAA